AUGGCGUCUGCCGUCCCCACGGCCAACCAGGCUGGCCAGUCGAGCCAGCCUCCGCCCGGUGCGACGCCUGCCUCGCCGCCAAACAAGCGCGACCUCAAGUCAUGGUGGAAGGGAUUCAAGCUGCCUUCCAAACACCAGGAACCUACAGAGACAAAAGCUCCAGGCAUCUUUGGGGUGCCUCUGCGACAAAGCAUAACCUACGCCAACGUCGCCAUUUCGCUCAUCGAUGAGAACGGCCAGAGCUACAUCUACGGAUAUGUUCCGAUUGUUGUUGCCAAGUGCGGUGUCUUUUUGAAGGAGAAAGCCACUGGUGUCGAAGGCAUCUUUCGCUUGAGUGGUUCCGAGAAGCGCAUCAAGGAACUCAAGUCCAUAUUUGACUCCCCGGAUCGAUAUGGCAAGGGUCUUGUCUGGGAUGGUUACACCGUGCACGAUGCGGCCAACGUGCUCCGUCGAUACCUCAACGACCUCCCGGAGCCUGUCGUACCCUUGGACCUCUACGAGAAGUUUCGCGAUCCCCUUCGCGGAGCGACCAAGCAGGCUGUCGGCGAUCUUGAGGGGCCACAGUUUGUGGACAACUUCGACGAGAACGCGGCCAUCCAAAAGUACCAACAGCUCAUUACCGAGCUGCCGCCGCUGAACAGACAGCUGCUCCUCUACAUCCUCGAUCUUCUAGCCGUCUUCGCUGCCAAGUCGGACGAGAACCGGAUGAACUCGCAAAACCUUGCUGCCAUCUUCCAACCCGGCAUGCUGUCGCACCCGGCACAUGCCAUGGCGCCCGAAGAGUACAGGCUGAACCAAUGCGUGCUCAUCUUCUUAAUCGAGAACCAGGAUCACUUCCUCAUCGGCAUGCAAGGCACGGCUGCAGACGAGGAGACCAAGAAGGAGGUCGAAUUGGGGACGCCGACUGGACCAUUGACACCCAACCCCAACAAGACGUCAGGCGGCCUCGACAGAUCAUCAUCCAAUGCCAGCGCGGGUGCAACAAGCGUUCGUCGAGAUGGCAAGGUCCGGAGAAAUCGGUCCGUGUCGUCACGACACUCUCGGCAGGAGGACAACACGACCCCCAACAGCCCAUCCCUGGUCGCGACCACACCCACGGGCGGAUUAGGUAGGAGCAAUACCGUACCGUCGAAAAAGUCGCCGGCACUGGCUGGGGGCAAGUUCAAGAGGGGCGACAACACCGGCCAUCAGUCUCCUGCUCGCGUGGAGCCCAUGACUCCCGUGCGCGCAACCAUCGUCGAGAAUGAGCAAUUAUACAGCCAAAGCCCCGUGCCAGCGACGAUGGGGGCUGCAAACCCUUCCGUGGAGCGAAGUGCGGCCGCGGGUUUCAGUCAAGAGCGACUGCUGGAGGUGCCCCAGGGCGGCGCAACGCCGCCGCCGAAGGAGAGGAACCUGCCGAGCCUGUUCCAAAGAUCGUCGCCGGCUGAUGUGGCUGAGAAGAGGCAGCCAAACAAGCUGAAGAAGAAGCGCAUACCUGGCGCCCUCAACCUAAGCGCCCAGAGCUCGGCAGCUUCCCUGACACACUCCAACACGGCGUCACCAGGCCAGGAGACUCCCAACCCUGUAGACUCACUGCAGCAUCUCUCUGAAGCUUCACCGCCGCCUACCUCCAAUCCGACAUCUCACCCGACUUCCAAUCCCAUCGCCUCUACUUCGCCUCUUCCUUUCCCGACACCGAUACCACAGAGCCAAGCCCAGCAAACCACCGAAACAGGCCAAUCUCACCCCACCCUCUUGCAACAGCCGAGCGACAUAUCAUCUGAGGGCACGCCACGUCCUUCGAACCUCGCAUCAAGCAGCAGUUUGCACCCUGACAACCCUCGCGGGAGAAAGUCUCCCCCGACAUCUAUUCACUCCUCGUCAUUCAACGAGGGCUCAGAUUUGGACCAAGCAAUCGAUGAACAGAUUGCACCACCGCCGGAUAGCGCAGACAAGGAGAAGAAGAAGCGCUGGCGGCUGUCGCGGACAAAGAAAGACGACAACGGCGGCUCGACAAGUUCAAUGGCCACACCACCGCAGGCGAAUAUCGGCUCUAACGAUCAUGCAGAGGUGAGCACCACGUCGAUUGGCAGUGGAGCAAGCAAGCCACGAAAGAGCUUCACCAACGAGGGCUCGGAACCCACAACCCUGGCCAGCCUCGAGGGACACGGGGGACAGGACAACAAAGACAGUAACAGCACCAAAGAAGAGUCCAAAGGCCCCAUAGGGUGGAUACGAAACAAGUACCGCGAGGCCAAGGAGAAUGCCGAGCAGCGACGAAACAAGUCCCCACCGGCAGCCCCUGAUCGCCAGGGGAUCGGAGCAGUCCUGUCGCGCGGCAAGAGUCUGGACCUGAAGCGCGAAAAGCGCGAUGACGAGAAGCAGCCGGAGAAGAGUUCUGAAGACUUGUCAGCCCCCAAACCGACGGCCGCAUCUGCAGAGGGCUCUGCGAAAGAGGCGCCCAAAGAGGUCUUGCAGCCUGCACUCGAUGCUACCCCGGCGCCGGCUGGCUCACACACAGCCGAGGUGCCAGCUGAGGCGCCAAGCACGGCCCCUGCUCCGGAAUCAAAGAUCGAGACCAAGUCAGUUGCGCCGCCGGAGGGACAAUUGGAGCCGGUGCCCGAGUCCCAGCUUGAAGAACCCGUCGCCAUUGAGACGAAGACGGAGCCCCAAGAAGCUCCUACCAAGCAAAAUUAG